CAGUAAACGUCUGUAUACGAGAUCAAUGAAUUUCAUAGCGGGGGUGGCUAUCCGCGAACUGAAUGCAAAUGGUGGAAUCUUGGAUUGCGUUUUACUACUCAGAACUGGUGCUUUUGCCAUGGAUGUAAAGCCAAAUCAUACCAUUUAUAUCAAUAAUCUUAAUGAGAAAACGAAAAAGGAAGAGCUCAAAAAGGCUCUUUACGCAAUUUUCUCGCAGUUCGGGCAGAUCAUUGAUAUAAUGGCAUUCAAAACACUGAAGAUGCGUGGGCAGGCACAUGUGAUAUUCAAGGAAAUAAGUUCAGCAACGAACGCCUUGCGUGCGAUGCAAGGGUUCCCGUUUUACGAUAAGCCUAUGCGUAUACAAUUUGCACGAGAGGAUUCUGACGUUAUUGCGAAAGCGAAAGGUACUUAUGUAGAUCGUCCGAAAAAGCACCUUCUUGCCAAGCAGGCUGCUGGAGAAAAGCGGAAGAAGACAAAUCAUGUAAAGGAAAGUAAAAAAAUGCGUAUAGACAAAGGCGCUACUGGGAAAACCGAGCUUCCGGAAAAAGCAAACCCGCCGAAUAAAAUCCUGUUUUGCACAAAUCUGCCUGAAGAGACAACAGAGCAGAUGCUUUCUCUUCUUUUUAAUCCUUACCCUGGUCUCAAGGACAUCAGACGUAUUCCGAAUAGGCCAGAUAUUGCAUUUGUUGAAUUCGAGACGGAAGCUGAAGCAACGUCAGCUCGUGCUGGUUUAAACAAUUUCAAGAUAACACCUUCGCAGUCAAUGUAUGUCAAUUACGCCAACAAAUGAUUUUCCUGGUUGCUCCUUUUGUUUUUGUUGAUCUCUGGGGUAUCCUUAAUAUUCUCUGCGUGUGGUUCUUUUUAUUUACCAUAGUGUUGCGUUCAGUUAUGUUCAAUUUUUCUUGUCUUUAUGGGCGUAAUUUAAAGUAUUAGCUUCAUACUGUUUUAUGAACCACUUAUUUCGUAUUUUUAUGAAACACUUAUAAAUUUUAUACUGUUUCGUGAACCAUUUAUAAAAUAAAAUUCCGC